UCCUAUUCCUAACCUCAUUACCUCUUUCUCUACAACUCCAUCAUCAUCGUCAUCUUCACUUAUUAUCAUUAUCAUCAUCAUCAAUAUCUCUCUGCAAACCAAACCCAACCCAACAGAGAAUUAUAAGUAUAUAAAAUGGUACAAUCAAAGAAAUACAGAGGCGUCAGGCAACGCCAGUGGGGCUCCUGGGUCUCAGAAAUUCGCCAUCCUUUACUGAAGAGGAGGAUAUGGCUAGGUACAUUUGAGACAGCAGAGGCUGCAGCAAGAGCAUAUGAUCAAGCAGCUAUACUGAUGAAUGGCCAAAAUGCAAAGACUAAUUUUCCUAGGAGUGAUGCUGAAGAGACAAGUGAUGAUAACGACUCUCCAUUGCCAUCUUCCAAGGCUCUUUCUGAGCUACUCAACACCAAGCUCAGAAAAUGUUGCAAAGACCCUUCUCCUGCUUCACUCACUUGUUUAAGGCUUGACAAUGACAAUUCUCAUAUUGGAGUAUGGCAGAAGCAUUCUGGGUCUCGGUCAAGCUCGAACUGGGUCAUGAAGGUUGAGCUAGGAAACAAGAAAACACAAGUGAUAGAGGAAGAGAGAUCGUCACAGUCAUCAACAUCGUCUCUAACAUCAAUAUCGUCACCAACGGUUGAGAAUCAACCCAUAAAUGGUACGGAUGAAGAAGAUAGAAUCGCAAUGCAAAUGAUAGAAGAACUACUUAAUUGGAAUUAACGUAUCACCUUUCUGGUUUAUGUCGUGGUAGCAGUACGCGUGCAUAUCCUUUCUCAAUUUACUUCACGUACGUCUUCAUCAGGCUUGUUCGAACUAAGCAGUCAAGUAUUUGUUUCAAGAACUAAAUUAGUCCUUGUAAUUGGCGGCUAAUAUUUGAUAGUCGAUUUACAAACUGAUAAAAACACUUGCCGGGAAUAUGAUCUCGUUGACCCAUAUAUAAUUUCCUUGUCUUAAGCUUGUAUAUGUAAUAGAAAGAAAUAUAAAUCUAUACAAUCAUCUUUUUCCUGAUAACUGCAAGAAAGAUCAGGAAUUACAUGUAGGGAAAUGAUAUUUGUUAUCUGUGGUUUAUAUAAAUGUUCCUUUCUAAAUA